UACAUAAAAUUUUGGAAAGCAAAAUUCGAAUUCGAACAAUCAAAGUUUAAAUUAAUUUUUUUCAAUUUUGUAAUUAUUUUUUUCAACUUUAAAAUUAUGGUUUCCUAAUUUCAAUGUCUUCUUCUAGUCUUCAGUUCUUCGUUUUAUUUCCUCACAACAUUUAUACAAAAAUCCCUUAAAAGUUCUAUCGCAUAUUCCACUUUAAUGAAAUACGACACAGAAUUGCACCAUGAGCUCUUUACAACCUACCGGAAGUGCCACAGGCAAUCCUCGCAACAAGACAGCGUUGGCCCCAGGGCGAUCACUUAUGGACUGGGUGCGGCUGUGCAAUUCAGGAAAAGAUAUGAGUGGCACUCAAGGAGCCAUAUUGAACGUUAGUCUUGAGCAGUUGAUGAAACACAACAAAAGAACCGAUGCUUGGCUCGCGAUCAGAGGUAUCGUGUAUAACAUAACGGAGUACAUGUCUUUCCAUCCAGGAGGUGAGGAAGAAUUGAUGCGAGGAGUGGGCACCGAUGCUACUAAAUUAUUCAAUAAUGUUCAUCCUUGGGUUAAUUACGAAUCAUUAUUAAAAUCUUGCAUCGUUGGUAGACUAAAAACUAUGGGUUCUUCGUCGAACGCAGAAUGGACUGAAAGUAUAGAAAGACCUAUUAACGAUCGAGUUUCGAGCUUACAAUUGCAAUUGCCUAAUAAGAAAACCCAAAGUGAUGAAAGCCCUAAUAAACGAGUUUUCAAAAUGGAUUGGUUUCAACAAGCGAGUACUCUGACGUUAAUUUUUUAUUUAAAAACCAAUUCUUCGGGGUCGACUCCGCCUCCACAAGUUUCGCUUACUUUGAUGAAAAACAAACAACUACGAGUAAGCAUCGAGAAGGAAGUUAGCGUAUACGAAUUAGAAGAAGAGGUGAGAUGGCCGUGCUACCUAAAAGUACAUCAAACAGUGGCAGAAAUUAAAUUUGCCAAAAAUUCUCCAAAAUUGUGGCCAACAUUUGGUAAAAAAUUGAACGAAUUGGACCCAGAAGCUGAUCCAGCGGAAUUUAGUGAUAUGAAGAUCGUGCACAUUUCAUCUAUCACCCACGAUACAAAAUUAAUUGCUUUGCAGUACGCUGAUCCGAUGCUUCAUCACAUUCAUGUGGGCCAUCAUAUUCAAAUUAAGGAUAACGUCGAUGAUGCAGAAGUUCGCCGAUCGUAUACGCCAGUUUCAUUUUUAAUCAAAAAUUCCAAUCUUAUUUUCGAACUGCCUACUUUAUACUUUUUAGUUAAAGAAUAUAACGAUGGCAAACUGAGCCGAAAGCUGUGCUCGACAAAUUUGGGUGAUAAAAUAAGUAUGAGCUGUCCUCGUGGGACAUUUAAUAGUAUUGUACUGAAAAAACGUACCAAAUUGAUUUUAUUUGCCGCUGGUACGGGAAUAACGCCGAUGACUUCUUUGAUAGCAUGGACAUUAAACACAACUAGACUUACCAUUAAAUUAAUAUAUUUUAAUAAGACUGAAAACGAUAUUUUAUGGAGGAAACAGUUCGAUAAACUGGCUGCCGAGAAUCCCAGAUUUUCAGUUUCACAUGUGCUUUCUCAGCCGUCUGCGACGUGGACUGGAGAUAAGGGACUAAUAUCUUUGAAUUUAGUGAAAUCUCUACUUACGUCACCCGUAUUAGAAAUAUUUAUUUGCAUUUGUGGUCCUCCUGUGUUUAAUGACUUAUGCGUCGAUUACUUGAAGCAAAAUAAUUUCACAGACGAUAGUUUUCACUGUUUUAGUGGAUAGAUGUUCACACGACUGGAUAAAAAUCAUUUUAUCAACUUUGACAAUACGUCGAUUUGUGUUUUUAGUAAUUUAAGGCACAUGCUUAGAUUCUGUAAGGAAACUAGUCGUAAACCAAGUUACCAUGUAGUUUAAUUUAGGCUUAGCUUACAGGUAAGUGUUAAUGAAAAAACGAUCAAUUUAGAACUUCCGGAAAAUCUGGGUAUUAGUUCGUGUUAUUCUUGCAUAAGCAAUUUGUUAGGAAGCAAUAUCACAAAUUUGUCUUGCACGAUUCGUUAGUAUUCCAAUAAAAUUAGAAAACAGAACAUAAUAUUGUGAUAAGGAUAUUUUUGAAAUAUAGAAUUUCUACGAAAUA